AUUCAGCUGUCAGUGUUGCUGCUCCAAGACAGCCUCGCCUUGUUAACAUUCCCUUAUUAACCAAUUCAUCCAGAUCACAAAACACAAUAACUAUUUUCCUCUGGACAGAGUAUUUUAGUACACAGUUUACCGAUGAUUAUUACUUUUUCUUGCCUGGAAACAAAACAUUCCCUCGUUACAACUGUCAAUACCAAUGUUCUGUUACCGCAGAUCGAAAGCUGCUUACGUCAGUAGAUGCUGUUCUCUUUCAUAUCACAAACUUUAAAUCGAAUGUGAAACUACCGAACAAGAGGCGUCUGCAUCAACGAUGGAUUCUUUAUGGAAUAGAAGCUCCAAGACUUAUCAAGUUACCUUGGCAGAAAAUCGAUGGAUUGUUCAACUGGACAAUGACUUAUCGUGAAGAUUCGGACAUACCGGUACGUUAUGGGCACAUCUGUGAAGGAACUUUACCAGUUAAGGCACAUGACAAUGACUUCCUUGAAAAGAAAGAUAAAGAUGUUGUUUGGAUCGUGAGCAAGUGCCACACACCGAGUAACAGAGAAGAAUACGUUCGAAAAUUGAAAGCUUUCAUUUCUGUGGAUAUUUAUGGAAAAUGUGGAGACAAAGUUUGUCUUCCAACACAGUCAGCAAAAUGCUACGAAGACAUUUUAAGAACAUACAAGUUUUACUUAGCAUUUGAGAAUUCGAUAUGUAAAAACUACGUAACAGAAAAAUUUUUCAAUGUGUUGAACUUCGAUAUUGUGCCGGUAACGCUCGGUGGAGCGAACUAUAGUCGUUUCGCUCCUCCAGGAUCUUUCAUCAACGCUAUGGAUUAUCCAGAUCCAAGAAAACUGGCCGAGUACUU